AUGAAGCCAGCCAUGGAAACUGCAGCGGAGGAAAAUGCAGAACAAAGCCAAGAGAAAAAAGUGAUCACCAGACCAGAAAUGGAAAUUGGCAGGUACCACUGGAUGUACAGGAGUUCAAGGCCACACCGGUACCAUCAUGUGCCAGCAUUGAGAGGCAAUAUUAGUCCUUUGGGGAUUCAAGGUUGCUUUGAAUGUUGCAUUAAGUGCCUAGGAGGAGUGCCAUAUGCUUCGCUCGUGGCAACCAUUCUCUGCUUCUCGGGGGUAGCGUUGUUUUGUGGCUGUGGCCACGUGGCGCUCACGGGAACCGUGUCUAUCCUCGAGCAGCACUUCUCCACGACUGCCAGCGACCAUGCUUUGCUGAGUGAAGUAAUACAACUAAUGCAGUAUGUAAUUUAUGGCAUUGCAUCAUUUUUCUUCUUAUACGGAAUAAUCCUUUUGGCAGAAGGUUUUUAUACAACAAGUGCUGUGAAGGAACUGCAUGGAGAGUUCAAAACGACAGCCUGUGGCCGCUGCAUCAGUGGAAUGUUUGUUUUCCUCACCUAUGUGCUUGGAGUGGCCUGGCUUGGGGUCUUCGGCUUCUCUGCUGUGCCUGUCUUUAUGUUCUAUAACAUAUGGUCAACUUGCGAAGUCAUCAAAUCUUUUCAGGCAAAUGUGACAGUUCCAGGGGACCAGAUCUGCGUGGACAUCAGGCAAUACGGUAUUAUCCCUUGGAAUGCUGUACCUGGCAAAGCCUGUGGCCCGAUUUUAGAGAACAUCUGCAACACGAAUGAGUUCUACAUGUCUUACCACCUGUUCAUUGUGGCUUGUGCUGGAGCUGGUGCCACUGUCAUAGCAUUGAUCCACUUCCUCAUGAUACUGUCUUCUAACUGGGCCUACUUAAAGGAUGCAAGCAAAAUGCAGGCCUACCAAGAUAUCAAAGCAAAAGAAGAGCAGGAGCUUCAGGAUAUCCAGUCUCGGUCAAAAGAGCAACUCAAUUCUUACACAUAAAUGUUUGCCACAGUAAUUCAGCAGAAGAGUUCUGUAGCUCUGACAAAUCAGCAAAUAGCUGCUCUGCAGUACAGAUGUGUGUCUACCAAACAAAAUUAGAGAGAAGUGCAAAAGGUUCACAUUCCAGCUCCUGGAAAACUUUCAUAGGGAAAUCUUCCCGUGGGUAAUCUUCCAUCCUUUCACACAGAGAAUGGAGGUUUUAUUCCAGGCAUUUUAAAAGGCAACACUUUACAAAAAGUGACCAAAUUAUUCUUUUUGAGACUUUUGGUAUUUAAUAUUUGACUUGUUCUUCAGCAUGACAUCCUGCACAAAGCCCUGGCAGGUGCUCCAAACCAGCAGGCAGUAGCUCUCAGUGCAGACCUCAGGCACAGGCACAUCACAGCCUGUGAUUUGGUACCUCCCAAAGGAACCUGUGGCCGGAUGGGAUUUCUGACAUAAGCUCAUGCUUAUGUGAUGGCACAGCUGCAGCAUCCCCCAAGUUGCAACGGGGCUGUCUUGGAACACCCCAUACCUGGGAGGCAGGAGCAGCACUCCACUCUUGUG